GAAUCUAUGAAUCUAGCAUACUCUAAAACAAUACUCCUCUACCACAAUUGCAUGGAUUCCGUCAUUGCAGAUUUUCUUCAUGUUCGAAACCUGACAGGGUCCCAUUGUCGGCAGGCUCUAUGACACCUUCGGUGCUCGAUACCUUAUCAUAGGGGGGACCUUCUUUCAUGUCUUUGGGCUGAUGAUGGCCUCCAUCUCGAAAGAAUAUUACCAGAUCUUGCUCUCCCAAGGACUGUGUAGCGCCAUUGGAGCGUCCGCGAUUUUUCAACCAGGUAACACCCUUUCCUUUCCGAGGAAGUUGGCCUGGAAGCUAACGACAUCAGCACUCAACGCUGUCAGCGUCUGGUUCAACCGCAAGCGCGGCAUUGCCUUCGCAACUUUAUCAACAGGCUCCAGUGUUGGCGGGGUCAUCUUCCCCAUCAUGGUAGACCGUCUCGUAGCCCAAGUCGGGUUUGCCUGGACCAUGCGGAUUUCGGCCUUCAUGAUUUUAUUCCUCCUCGCGAUCGCCAUUGUGACCGUGAAAGCGCGGUCUCCCCCACAGCAAGGCCCAAAGCCAUCCCGCGACCAGCUGGUCAAGCCGUUCAAGGAACCAGUCUUCUUCCUCACCCUGUUGGGAUAUAUGCUCCUCACCUAUGGCGUCUUCAUCCCCAUCAACUAUGUCAUCGUUGAGGCCGUCGCAAGCGGCAUGGAUGCAGAUCUGGCCGCAUACCUAGUGCCCAUGCUGAACGCAGCCAGUCUUUUCGGCCGUCUCAGCGCUGGAUUCAUGUCGGAUAAGUACGGUCGGUAUAACAUUUUUAUCGUGAUGUGCAUCCUUGCUGGCGUGCUCGUUCUUGCGCUUUGGAUCCCUGCCGCGUCCACGGCGCCCACCAUCGUCUUUGCGAUUAUCUUUGGCUUUGCGUCGGGGGCGUACGUGAGUCUGUCACCCGCUCUGAUCGCGCAGAUCUCCCCUUUGAAAGAGAUUGGGUAUCGCACCGGGCUGCUGUUCUUGUUUGCGUCGGUGGGAGGGCUGACGACGAGUCCGAUUGCGGGGGCGAUUCUGCAGAACGGUGGUGGGGACUAUACUCAUAUGAAGAUCUUCUCGGGGAUGAUGCUCUUAGGUGGUACGGGCUUUAUUGUUGCCGCGCGAUUCGUCAAGACAGGGUUCAAGCUGGCGGAAAAGUUUUAGAAGGGACACAUUUGAUCUGCGGCAAAUCUGCCCCAGGAACACAUUGGCUGGGAAAGUCUAGAUAGAACAGAUUCCGGGCACAUAAUCUGACAGGUCCUAAAUAGAUCGACUGACAAUACCUCCGUUUGGGAGGACUUGGCAGCAAGAAAUUAAUAUCAAAUUCUCUCUGACGAUUGGUCACUUCGGUGGUGUUUGUCCCUGUUGGCAGUGCAACGUAUAUGGCGUGACUUAAGGGAUCAUCGGCGACGAUCAUUCGCCGAAAAAGGAAUAACGUAGAAGAUUCUAAAAUCCGUUUCUUUACCACUCAUUUCCGAUGUGACGUGGACAAGGCUGGAAGGAUUCUCUGUGUGCAACAGUGCGGUUGCUUGUGAAGAUAACU